CGACAGUGAGCUGGAAGCACCUCUACGGGCAGCCAACGGCUCCAAUAUGAGAGCCUUGAAUGCGUUCCUCCUCGGCGCGGCUCUAUCGGUUGCUCAGGCUAGGCCAGAAUGCGAUGCGACGGACUCGUCGGCAAGAUUCGAUUGCUUUCCUGAGGAAUCGGCAAGCGAAGAGAAAUGUGUCGCAAGGGGAUGUUGUUGGAGUGCCCCCAAAACUGGCGACGGUCUGCAAGGCGCGAGCUCCAUGAACAUACCGUACUGUUUUUACCCGAAGGAUUUCGAGGGAUAUAAGCUCGUAAACGUGUCCGCAACGAAGACCGGUCUGGCUGCCUACCUAAAACGCGUGACCGAGUCCCGAAUCGAUGAAGAUAUCGAAGUGUUGCGAGUCGAAGUGAUAGAGCAGACGAACGAUAUUGUUAGGAUACGCAUCGUGGAUCCGAUCAAGAACAGAUGGGAACCUCCGCUCCCAGCUCCACCUGCCCCAUCCACGGUGCUCGCACCAAGAUAUGUUGUGAAAAUCACGGAGCAAACGAAGCUGAAAAUUAUUCGCUCCCCGCAAUCUGGAGCUGGCACGACCAUCGUGAACUUUGAUUUGGCGACGAUGGUCUACACCGACCGGUUCAUCCAAAUCUCGAGCCGGCUCCCGUCUCAAGUAGUCUAUGGACUCGGCGAACACAAGGGACCCUUGAGGAGGAGCACGAACUAUACCAAAUUCACGUUCUACAAUCAGGAUAGAUCUCCAACUCUAGACAAACGUUUGUAUGGGACUCACCCUUUGUACAUCAACAUUGAGCCAGACGGCCGCGCAAACGGAAUGUGGCUUCUGAAUUCCAACGCGCUGGACAUCAUUCUUCAUCCGACGCCCGCGAUCACAUACAGACCUGUUGGAGGCAUUCUCGAUUUCUUCGUUUUCCUUGGACCGUCUCCCGCAAAAGUUGUCCAGCAGUAUCAGGAGAUGGUCGGCAAGCCGAAAAUGAUCCCCUAUUGGUCUCUCGGUUUCCAUCUCUGCCGAUGGGGCUACACCGGUACUAAGCACACCGAAGAUAUUCUGCAGAAAAAUUUGGCCGCGGGUGUCCGAGUUGACGUUCAAUGGAAUGACAUCGACUACAUGUCUCACUUCAACGACUUCACCAUCGACCCGGUGAAUUUCACGGGUCUCAAGAGCUUCGUGGACGGACUCCACCGCGAUGGGAGACACUACGUUUUAAUUUUGGAUCCAGCCGUCAGCGGAGGUGAGCAGCCGGAUGAAUACCUGCCCUACGAUCGCGGACUGGAAUUAGAUGUAUUUGUGAAAAACAAGGGGGGCGAAGUAGUACGUGGCAAAGUUUGGAAUCUCGUAUCAAGCGUGUUCCCCGAUUUCACCCAUCCAAACGCGACCGCCUACUGGACCGAAAUGUUCAGCUAUUUGUACAAGCAAGUUCAGCUCGAUGGAGCUUGGAUAGACAUGAACGAACCCUCGAACACAGUCGAUGGACAUCUCUCACCCGAUGAAGGAUGUCCUGACGACGACGCAAUCAUAUAUGUCCCGGGAAACGAAGCCUUGCAAACCAGAACGCUGUGCAACAGUGAUGUACAUCACUGGUCUGAGCACUACAAUGUCCACAACAUGUACGGUUUCACGGAAGCCAUCGCAACAUACAAUGCGUUGGCGAGCGUACGUCCCAACAAGCGCCCUUUCAUCAUAUCCCGAUCGAGUUUCUCGGGUCACGGCUUCUACGCCGGCCAUUGGACCGGCGACAUAUUCUCGACAUGGGUAGACUUGAAGGACUCGAUACCUGGAAUCCUCGAAUUUUCCUUUUACGGCAUCCCAAUGAUCGGAGCCGAUAUCUGCGGUUUCAACGGAAAUGCUGACGUUGAGCUUUGCGCUCGCUGGCAGGCGCUCGGGGCCUUCUACCCGUUCUCGAGAAAUCAUAAUAGUAUCGGUAUGAAGGCUCAGGAUCCCGCCUCCAUGGGUGACAAAGUUCUCACCGUCACCAAGAACGCAUAUUACUGGCGCUACAAACUCCUACCUCUUCUCUACACCUUAUUCCACAUUGCGCAUGUGAACGGUGAAACUGUUGCUCGACCCUUGUUCUUCGAAUAUCCCGAAGAUCCGGAAACCUACGAUAACGAUGAACAAUUUCUCUGGGGAAGUUCACUCAUGGUUGUUCCCGCGCUGUACGAGAAUCAGACGACGAUCGACGCUUAUUUUCCUCAGGGGAUUUGGUUCGAUCUCCAGAACAGAACGGCAACAAUCGACGCUACCGCUGGAGGGAGACACGUCAAUCUGCCUGCCUACGACGAUACGAUCCAUUUCUUCAUGAAAGCUGGCAGCGUCGUAUUCUUCCAGGAGCCCGGAGAGACAACGACAGACUCCCGCCAGAAUCCGUACGGGGCCUACAUCUUCCUCAGCGGAGCGCGCGGUUGUAAUGCCUCCGGUCAGGUGUAUGUCGAUGACGGCGAGAGCAUAGACGCCAUACAAACCGGCCAAUAUAACUUGAUCAAAGCGGACGCGACCGAGCGAGGGAUAACCGUCCGCAAGUCUGAAGGUGGCGAUCUAGAUUACAAGCUGGACAGAGUUCACUUUUACGGCAUAAAAUCGAAACCGGCUCAAGUCGUGGUGAACAAAAACAUGAAUUACACUGAUUUCCAAUAUGAUGCGUCUCGCCAACUUCUCUCGAUCUACAAUAUAGAUAAUGCACUGGUGGACGUGUCCAUAGAGCUAACUUAUUCGUGCCACAUCCGCUGCCUGGAAUCCGACGAUAAGAACAAUGUCUCUUCGACCACGCGAGAUUGUCUUGAACGAGUCGGGCGGAAGGGCUCCUGUUCAUACAAUCUCUUCCAUGUGCUGGACGAGUCUCCCGUAGCUGUGAAUUCCUCCACGGGGAAGAGGUGGAAAUACACCGAGGAAGAGGUGACCGUCCACCCUGUUGCUUGUGUAUCGAAAGUAUUACCUAUCGUGGUGAGUGGAAGACUGUCGUCGGAGGCGUUCCGUUGCUCCAAGGUGCAGGGAUUUGUGCCACAAAGAAAACCCUUCGAGAGUGAUUUAGCCACGCAACUAUUCAGAGCAGAGAACAGCUUCGAUAUGCGAGUCCUGAUCCUGCUCGCCCUCGGCUUUGCUUCAUCGGCUGGCCAAGCAGGGCUUCAAUGUGACCUCGCGAGCUCUCUCGAGAGGUUCGAUUGUUUUCCCGAAGAUUCGUCGAGCGAGCAAAAAUGUCUCGCGAGAGGUUGCUGCUGGAGGGUUCCCGAGGAGACGCAGGAUUCGCAGCGAGCGGGAUUCCCACCCCUGGAGAUCCCGUACUGCUAUUAUCCGAAGAACUACCAGGGCUACAGGCUUGUGAACCAGUCCUUCACGGAAACAGGUCGGAAUGCGUACAUAGAACGCGUGAAUCCGUCGAAGAUCGCGGAAGACAUAAAAUUGCUGCGAAUCGAUAUAAUCGCGCAAACAAACCACAUUGUCAGAAUCCGCAUCGUUGACCCCGCCAAGCAGAGGUGGGAGCCGCCUUUGCCGGCUCCGCCAUCACCGAGUUCGGUUUACAAGCACAAAUAUAACGUGGAAGUCAACGAGGAGACAAAACUAGAAGUCACCCGCUCCGGCGACGAGGGCCUCGGCACCAGAAUCGCGAGCUUCGAUUUGGCAUCGAUGGUUUACACGGACCGUUUCAUACAAAUAUCGAGUCGGCUACCGUCGCAAGUAGUAUAUGGACUCGGGGAACACAAGGGUCCUCUAAGGAGGAGUACGAACUUUUCGAGGUUCACUUUCUACAACGAAGAUCGAUCCCCGGCCUACGACAAACGAUUGUAUGGCACUCAUCCGCUCUACAUAAACAUCGAGCCGGACGGGAAAGCCAAUGGGGUCUGGCUCUUCAAUUCGAACGCCAUGGACAUCAUCCUCCAGCCAACGCCUGCUAUCGUCUACAGACCUGUCGGGGGUGUUCUGGAUUUCUUCGUGUUCGUCGGACCGACCCCCGAAAAAGUCGUUCAACAGUACCAGCAAAUGGUUGGCAACCCGAAAAUGAUUCCCUAUUGGUCUCUCGGCUUUCACCUGUGCCGGUACGGUUACACGAGCACGAAUCACACAAGAGAAGUCUUGCAGAAGAAUCUGGACGCCGGAGUUCGCAUUGAUGUUCAGUGGAAUGAUAUCGACUACAUGGAUAAACGGAAUGAUUUCACGCUCGACCCUGUAAACUACAACGAUCUCGGAAACUUUGUGGACGAACUUCAUGACGAUGGCCGCCACUAUGUCCUCAUAAUUGACCCAGCGGUCAGUGGGAGCGAGCCGAUCGGCCAAUACCCACCCUACGACCGUGGUGUCGACUACGACGUUUUUGUGAAGGACGCCCAUGGUGCGAUCGCUGGCGGGAAAGUUUGGAACGUGAACUCCAGCGUUUUCCCCGAUUUCACUCAUCCCAACGCGACGGCUUACUGGACCGAGAUGAUCAGCGAUUUCCACAAGCGGGUCGCGAUCGACGGAGCGUGGAUUGAUAUGAAUGAGCCGUCAAACCUGAUCGAUGGGCAUAUCGACGGGGGAUGUCCCGAUGACGAUGAUAUCGUUUAUACCCCCGGGGAUGAGCCGCUCAAAACGAAGACAUUGUGCAUGAGCGAUCGUCAUCACUGGUCCGAGCAUUACAACGUGCACAACAUGUACGGCUUCACGGAGGCCAUCGCAACGUACAAUGCGUUGGCAACGGUCCGACCAAACAAACGUCCCUUCAUAAUUUCUCGAUCGACUUUCUCUGGUUUCGGCUUCUACGCCGGCCACUGGACUGGCGACGUUUUCUCGACAUGGACGGAUUUGAAGGAUUCGGUUCCUGGGUUCCUCGAAUUCUCUUUUUACGGCAUCCCCAUGGUUGGCGUCGACAUCUGCGGCUUCAAUAAAGACGCGACGGACGACCUCUGUGCCCGUUGGCAAGCGCUCGGGGCAUUCUAUCCGUUUUCGAGGAACCAUAACGCCAACGACGCCAAAGCUCAAGAUCCCGCUUCGAUGGCCGAGAAGGUUCUCACCGUAACGAAGAACGCUUUCUACUGGCGCUACAAACUUCUGCCGCAUCUGUACUCGCUCUUUUACAGAGCUCAUCUAUAUGGCGAGACUGUGGCCCGACCUCUGUUCUUCGAAUAUCCAGACGAUCCUCUGACCUACGACAUCGACGAGCAAUUCCUCUGGGGAAAAUCUCUGAUGGUCGUCCCUGCGUUGCAUGAGAACCAGGCGACGAUAAACGCAUACUUUCCGAAAGGAACUUGGUACGAUCUUCAAAACAGGACAGAAACGAUCGACGCUACUGGAGGCGGGAGAUACGUUUCUCUCGAGGCAUACGAAGAUACCAUUCAGUUCUUCAUGAAGGCGGGGAGCGCUGUCUUCUACCAGGAACCUGGGAGAACUACAACGGAUUCUCGCCAAAAUCCUUUCGGAGUCUAUAUCUUCCUGGAAGAAGAUUCGCAAGCUGUCGGUUAUCUCUACCUAGACGAUGGCGAAAGCAUUGAUGUCGUCGAGAAGGGAGACUACGACUUGAUCAUGGCAAUCGCGAGCGGCAACAGCGUCUCUAUAGGGAAUCUGACCGGAGGUGGUGUUGGUAAACUCGACAGAGUCCACGUCUACGGUGUAAAAUCAAGACCGGAACGCGUCAGCGUAAAUGUGAAUCAGAACUAUACAGACUUCCAAUAUGACGCAUCUCGCCAACUUAUAACGGUGUACAACAUAAAUCAAUCGCUUUUGAAAGUUGGUAUCACUUUCUAUUAUGAAUAAAUGCUCGGGGGCUUGCCGCUCAUGCAUCAUAAAU